AUGGUUCCCAAGAAAAGAAAGGCCAAAGUGAUUGCUGACUCUGACUCUGAUGUUGCUUGUGAUGUCCCUGACAUUCCUCCCAAGAAGAAGCCUACUUCUAGCAAGUUUGCUGCUAGAGUCCCUGAUGUGCCCAUAGACAACAUUUCGUUCCAUUAUGCUUCAAGUGUCAACAGGUGGAAAUAUGUCUACCAAAAGAGGCUGGCCCUUGAAAGAGAGUUAGCUCAGAAUGCUCUUGAAUGCAUGAAGAUAAUGCAGCUGAUUCAUGAUGCUGGUUUGAUGAAGACUGUUGCUCAUUUUUCAAAAUGUUAUGAGAUGCUGGUGAAAGAGUUUAUUGUGAACUUGUCAGAAGAGUGUGCUGAUGGAAAUUCCAAGGAGUUUAGGAAGGUAUAUGUGAUGGGCAGGUGUGUUACCUUCUCAUCCACUGUGAUCAAUAACUAUUUGGGGAGGUCUGAUGAAGCUCAGCCUAAACUAGAAGUAUCUGAUAACAAAGUGUGCCAAGUUAUCACUGCCAAACAGGUCAAAAGCUGGCCCUUAAAGGGGAAGAUGUCUGCUAGUAAGCUAAGCAUGAAGUAUGCCAUGUUCCAUAAGAUUGGUGCUGCAAAUUGGGUGCCUACCAAUCACAAAUCCAUUAUAACUACUGUUCUAGGAAGAUUCAUUUAUGCUGUUGGAACAAAAUCCAAGUUUGAGUAUGGUUCCUAUAUAUUUGAGAAAACUAUGAAGCAUGCUGGAAGCUUUAGUGUGAAGGGCCCCAUAUCUUUCCCAUCACUCAUAUGUGGCAUUAUCUUGAACCAGUACCCAGGAAUUUUGGUUGAAAAUGACUCUGUCUGCAAAAAGGAAAAUGCUCUUUCCUUUUACUAUAAACUGUUUCAAGGAACCCAUGUUCCUGACAUUGUCAUGACAUCAGCUGGAACAUCCAAAAAAAGCACUCCUACAGGUAACGUUGCAGUGAUUGCUAUGCUCAAGGAGACCUGCAAGGAAUUGGAGACCAGAAAGCUGAACCUUGAAAAGUUGAUCAGCUCUCUUGAGAUGGAUGAAGGUGUUAAGUUUGCUGACAAUGCUGAGAAUGAAGAGGAUGUUGGCCCUGAGGAAGGAGAUGAACAUGAUGAUGGUUCUGAAGAAGGUGAUGAAAAGGAAGCUGAAUCAGAAGAAGAGGAAGAAGCAGCUGCCAGUCCUGCAGAUGGCACUGAUGAAGACGAGGAUGGUGAUGAAGACAGCUUGGAUUCUGAUGACUAG